GGCUGGAUGACGACGACACACACCUCCUCUGUGGAUUAUGACGCUAUCAAAAAGCGACCGACCAGUGGCUCAGCCAUCAAGAAGAAUAACGUUCGUCCUGAAACUAUACAUUAAUGUUUCAACGCGUGCUUCAUUUAUAACACCUGCAGUGACCAUAGGUGUCACAUCUCCAAGUGCACACCUGCAGCACGACUGUCAAACAGACGGCCAGAGGCGGGAAUGCCCAUGUCGGUUAGCUUGAAUGAACUGGUGAAUAUCAGUGUUGACACAGGGCUCGUUGGAUACUUUAUCGAGUUAAGUUUAACAAUGAUAUGCUGAUGAAAGUGAUACACUAACCUGUUCUGUUAAUGCUUUAACGGAGACGCUGCACCUGUAGUCUCCAAUGUUCUUCCGGACUACAAAUAUAACUCCACACGGAAAUGCGUCUCGUGUCGAGGAUCUGCAUGCUGGUCUGUGUAGUCUGUCGCAUGUUGGUCACGUUUUAAAGAGUAUGAUCAAGAAGUGCCUAACACAAUCUGCAGAGACCAUGCACAACUGGGCACGUUAUCUAAUUUUCUUCCAGUACACUGGAACCAAAUACAGUGGUGUAGUGAAAGUGCCUCCACAUCAGCUGAAUAAGAAAGGAGUCCAGGACCACUUGGAGGAUGCAAUAAGGAGGCUCAAGCCAAUCAACCCGGUGCAUCUGUCCGUCUCCAGCAGGACUGACACAGGCGUCCACGCCCUCUCUAACUCCGCCCACUUUGACCUCCAUCGCAAGAACGAUAGGCCACCGUUUACUGAAGACGUUCUUGUCUUGGCUCUUAAUAAUCACCUCAGAGAAGAGCAGAUCAGGGUCACCCGUGCCCACCGCGUGCCUGAUGACUUCCAUGCCCGUUACCGUGCCCAGUCUCGGACCUACGUCUACCGCGUCGCCCUGGGAUUCUCCCACCACACUCUUCUUCCCCUCACAGAGAGCGAAUUGUGCUGGCACAUCCCCGACACGAAGCUGGACGUGGGAGCCAUGCGCGAGGCAGCCGCCCUGCUGGUCGGGAAUCACGACUUCAGCAGCUUCAGGGCAGUCAACUCCGACAUGCAUUUAAAAGACCCUGUGAAGACGUUGGAUGUGGCCAGCAUACAGACAGGGAGCUCCUUCGUACAAGCACACUUCCACAGAGAGAUCUCAUUCUUGGAGCUGACUUUUAGAAGCAGAUCUUUUCUUUAUAGGCAGGUGCGGAGGAUGACGGGUGCCUUGGUGGCUGUGGGCCAGGGACGGAUCUCUGUGCCACAGCUGCAGGAGAUUUUGGAGGCUCGGGACUCUCUUGCUUACCCAUAUCACAUGCUCGCUCCGGCCCGAGGCCUCUUCCUCACCAGGGUGGAGUACAGAGAGACAGACCUGCAGCUUUCACAGCAGACGUCAGAGGAGUAAAUUAUUUCCAGUGGAAACUCAGAGGAUUAACUCUUCAUUCAUUCAUGUUGAUUAACUGUAUUUCCCUAAACCUUUUGCACUGUUCGUAUUAAAGUUUUGUAUUUAUGUGUAUAUUCCUUUUUUUUUUACUUCCAACAGAAGAUGGCAGUCUCACUUUGAAUGCUCAUAAUUAACUGUGCAGCCAAAAUAUAGACACUCAGACCCUUAAGGACAAAAAUGUCCCCACUGAAACCACUUUUUUUUUAUCCUACAACCAUUGCAGCAUAAAAUUAAUCAUUCUGUUAUGUCAAGCUUUCGAUUUGAAGUCCUGGGUUCAAAUUUGUCAUUUUAAUUCUUUUUUUUUUUUUUUUUUACCAGAUUGAUACAUUUUUUCAUGUUUUCCCUAUGGGACAAAUACAUGUUAUUUUCCUUUUUGCAAUGGGGUUAUUGCUGCUGUAUUAAGGAGCACCACUGAGUCUGAUGCAAUACAUCAAAAUAUCUGUUGUUAAUCAUUGAAAUAUCCCAGACCAAAAAAAAAUUCCCCUGGCAUUUAGUA